UUCGAAUCGAUAGUUCGAUACAUCGAAUUUUCAAAUUAACGUAAAAAACCCAGCAGAGCUGUUCGUAUAUUCGAAAAAAUAAACAAAUCACAAUAAUUAUUAAAUAAUUUCGAUAUGGAGAUACUACAUUCGCUGCAAGGUAUCCAUCCACAAUUCUGGAAAAAAAAUAGACUCGAGUCGUUUGACAACUGGCCAUUUCAAUCUGACUGCGUUUGCACUCCAGAACGAAUGGCUGCCGCUGGUUUCGUCUUGAUCGGUGGUCGAAACGAUCCAGAUUUGGUCGAGUGUUUCGUCUGCAGCAAGCAGCUCGACGAGUGGGAUUCGGAAGACGAUCCCUGGAGCGAACAUUUGAAGCACAUGCCAUCUUGUCCGUACAUUAAAAUCGGAAAACAAGAUGAGCUUGAUUGGACAGUUCCAGAGCUAUUCACGCUAAUAAAAGAAUUCACCAAGAAAUCAUUGACGCGAAAACACGAGGCUGCAAUUUCUGAGAUAAAAGAGGAGGUGGCGGAGCUGUCGAAGCUGAUUCCAAAGAGGAAGCGAAGUCGAAAGCCUUCGAAUCGCAGCGUUAACUUGAAUUAACGAAUCAAUUAAUCGAUCGUCGAUUCCUGUUGCAUAAUCAUAAAGUUUCUUUUAAUAUAAUUUUAAGUUACCGUAGUUUUUACACUUUUAUACUUAUCACACACGUACGCCUUUUUAUCAUCUCGCUUCUUCCCUACAUUUACACUUUACAAUGUUGCUUUCUGAACGCUGAGAAUAAAACUUGCCUCAUUCGAAGAUAACGAAAAAAAAAUCAUCCGCCACGUUGUCUUGUUAUUUGCCUUUCGUUCUUUCCUGUACAAAGUAUCCGAGUGUUUCCGAUUAAACUUUUAUUCCCAGCGAUGAAUAAUUCACAUAGGAAAAUACAGCGAGACUUCCAUGGCAAAUUAUACCCAACGACUUGAUCAGCGUAUCUUCGUUGCUACUUUUUUUAAAUAUUUGUUUUU